UGAAGCAAAGGUUAAAGGACACUGAGCCCACAAUAAUGAAUGGGAAGACUAGUUUCAAACAACAGCUAGCACCUGAUCUGAAACUAACAAAUGAGCACACAAAUGUACAGCAAAAUACACAGAUCUACAGAAAUGAUUACAAAUAUUCCCUGAAUCGCUUUGCAAUAUCAUUGUUCCAUUUUUCUGGUGCAGCUCAUGUAGAUAGCACAAGAAUAGUAUUUUAUUUAUUUAUGAAUUAUGAAUGCAUCAAGUUCUGGUCCAAUGUGAUUUAUGGUACUGAGACUGCUGACAGAAGUAACCAGCCACAAAAAAUGAAAAAAGAGAGAGAAAAGAAAAGAAAAAAACAAAUUAUAACAUAGGUAGCUAGCCUAGCCUAGCAUAUAAGAAUGCAAUAAGAGGCACUUGUGGCAGCAAACCAAAUUGAAGAUUGUUCUCCACUUCAAAUCUUAUAACUUUGCUUCUUUUAGCAAGAAAGAAAAAAAAAAGACAUGGUUGACAGUGCAGAGAACAAGGUUCUUAUAAGGGAAUUCAAUGCAGACACAGAUAGAGAAGUGGUGGGGAAGCUAGAGAGGAACUGUGAGCUAGGGUCUAAAAGGGGGGUCUCCAUUUUCACUAACAUGAUGAGUGACCCUUGUUGUAGGAUUAGGUUCUACCCCCUUCAUGUUAUGCUGGUAGCAGAGCUGCUCGAAAACGGGGAGCUUGUUGGAGUGGUUCGAGGAUGCAUGAAGCAUGUAGGCACUGGUUUUGGGGCAAGCUACGAGAUAGGUAGCAUACUAGGCCUUCGCGUCUCUCCUACACACCGGAGGAUGGGAAUUGGAUUGAAACUCAUGAACUCAGUGGAGGAGUGGCUGCUGAGGAAGGGAGCACAGUACACAUUCCUGGCAACCGAAAAGAGCAACAUCGCCUCUACAAAUCUCUUCACUUUCAAAUGCAAUUAUGUGAACCUCAGCUCACUAGUCAUAUUUGUUCAGCCAAUUUGUUCCCCUAUUGAUGAUCUGCUUCCCCAAGAGAUAAAAAUAGAGAAGCUGCACAUAGACCAAGCAAUUUUCUUGUACAAAAAUAAGCUAAGAGGCAAAGACAUGUAUCCGACAGACAUCGAUGUGAUCUUGAAGGAGAAGCUGAGCCUCGGCACUUGGGUCUGCUAUUUCAAAGAACAUGGUUGGAUCAACUUAAACACCGAGGAAAAUGGUAAGGACAUCACCAGUAAAACUCAAAGCUCUUGGGUAAUCUUUAGCAUAUGGAAUACGUGUGAAGCUUACAAGCUUCAUAUAAGAAAGUCUCAUCCACUAAGGUCUUUUCAUGCUACCCUAAGCCAUGCAAGGGAGAAAAUAUUGUCCUGCCUAAAAUUGCCUGUCCGUGUCUCCAUGCAGAGCACCUUCGGGUUUCUGUUUCUCUACGGGAUUCACGGAGAGGGAGAGAAGCUCGGGGAGCUCAUGAAAUCUGUGUGGAACUUCGCAUCACGGUUGGGACAAAAUGUGAAGGACAGCAAGUUGAUUUUAACUGAGCUGGCGUUGUGUGAUCCUCUCAUAAAGCAUGUCCCCAAGGAUUCCAAUAUGUCAUGUAUCAAUGAUGUCUGGUAUGCGAAAAGCUUGAUUAGCCACGCUGAUGAAAAAGAUGAACUGCUGCUGAAGGGACAACUAGGUAAUGUGUUUGUUGAUCCAAGAGAAUUCUAGGGCUCAUUACUAGGCCAAUGUUCCAAAAACAGCCUUGGCUGAUCAACAUACCAAUGCUAUUAUCAUUGUAUUCGUAUAUUCUUAUUUUGGUUGCUUGGAAUGUUGUUAAUUAUUCAAGAGAGCAAACAUCUCUAGAUUUUGGGUUUGGAAUUUGGAGUUUCGAGUUAAGCAUUAGAGCUUUUGGGAUUUGACAUUUGGGGUUUGCGUUUUCGAGUUUCACGGCAUGACUUCGAGGUUUACCAGUUUGAGGUUCGAGUUUUGGCCAACACAAAACUCUAACCACAAGACCCAAACCCCAAACUAAAACGUCUAAUCCCAAACA